GAAUUGCCAAAAUAAAUAAAGGGAAAUUAUUUACAAUGAAAAUUCUUCAGUUAAAAUGUUCUAAGGACGAUAGCUAUUUCGCAUAACUAUCGCUAAGAUAGUAUUGAUUGAUUUAAUUCAGUCUCUUUACAAAUUAUAUAUUUACUAUCAACAGAUGCUUCCUACAAUUCUGGGCUCAAAUCGGUGGUCUUCUGAUUCCCAUGUCCAUCAUCCUCCUCAUCAACAUUGUCAUCUUCUUCCUGGUGGUUCGAAAAUUUCGCGAGUCGGCCAAAAUCGCUGGUCGGGUGAAAAAAGAGGCUAAUGCAGAACGACGAGAGACUAUCAAACGCGUCCAGAACGCGAUCUGCAUCUUGCUCCUGCUCGGUCUGACCUGGGUCACCGGAUAUCUUCUUUUGAUCCCCUCAUUCAGUCAGGUGGCUCAGCCAAUCUUCAUUGUCCUUAAUUCCUUCCAAGGGUUGUUCAUCUUUCUACUCUACUGCGUCCGGAACCCUGACAUCCGUAAGAAAUGGGGUCUAACUUGUCUCGACAAGUUCCUAAAGAAAGAAGCAAGCACUUCGAGCGGUGCGAUGAACUCGACGGCCCAAUCCUCGUCAGCUGGCGUGAUAAGCAAUCUGCGCCCAGGAGCCUCGGGUAAUUCCUUGUUGCCUACCAAAGACAACAAUCCCGAUCCCUUGUGUAGAUUCAAUCCGACCUUUGAUGAUAGCCAGGUUGAGGAAGGGGUCACACCACGUAUGAACAAAUAUCUCCAAAGUUCCACCGAAGAACAGAAGGACACGGAUCGUGACGGUCAGUCUCCUUCUUGAUGCUUCUGUCACAAAUGUCACUAAGGGAGAUGAUGGUGUUCCCUCCAUCACGGAUGUUGACACGGUCAGAGUUACUCUGGAUUCAACUGAUGUCAGGAAAGCUACUAAGGGCACCGAUGAUGUUUCUUCCACCAACAAGGAUGCUGCCGUCAGUCUCCCUAAUGAUGCAGAGAUGCAAUGAUGCACCAAACACAAUGAGAGGAGUGAUGAUGCCGUCACGAUUCCAAUGGAUUCAACAGAUGUCAACAAAGGAAAUUAGAGCAGUGACAUAGAUGCCAGUGGCACCACCGAUUAUGCAAAGGUCAAUGGCACAGUUUAGGUUUUGACUAUAGCGAUGUAUCCAUUUAUAUUGGAUUUUUUUAUGAAAGUAAACGGCUUUUUAUUCAUUUAUUUGUAAGCAUUUUUAAGGGGAGGGGUGGGCUGGGUGUCGGCUGACCCCCUCCCCCCCCCCCAUUCCCCUUCCCCGAGAAUUAUCUAAUUACCAAUAUUCCGUCACCACAUAUUCAGGCCACCAGAAGAUUGUUAUUUGUUAUCGUCUUAAUUAUUAUUCAAUGGCGAAGUUAGAUGUUUACAUUAUAUACAUGUAUAUUGUAGCUUAUCGAAGUAUUCAUGAUCAGAUGAUUUUAUUUUAUAAAUAAUACUUUGCGGUGUAUUACUCAGAGAAGAGGUCUUUUCAUUGAUCGAAAAAGUGUGAUGAUGAUGGUACGAUGGGCUUCUUAUUCUCUUCAUUUUUAAUAAA